AUGGUCCAGCCACGAGGUUUCACCGAUAAAGAUCAUCCUAAUCACGUUUGUAGGCUGCUCAAAUCUAUCUAUGGCCUACGUCAAGCACCCCGUCAAUGGUACACUACGUUCACCAACCAUCUUCUCAAGCUCGGGUUCGAGUACAACAAGGCAGAUCCGUCUCUGCUCACUCUGUGCCGGGGCAAGAUACGCAUAUUUUUAUUAGUCUACGUCGAUGACAUUCUAGUCACCGGCAACGACAACAACGCCAUUUCCUCUGUUCUGUCGGAACUACAAUCUACAUUUAACAUGAAGGAUCUCGGCCCAGCCCAUCACUUUCUCGGCAUCAAAAUACAGAAACAAUCAAAUAAGUAUUUUCUUUCUCAAUCGUCGUAUGCUGAAUCUAUACUAAGCUCUGUCAAUUUAACAAACUGCAACUCUUUAUCUAAUCCUUCUUGCACUAAAUUACCGGAACAGGUGCUUGAUGACGUUGUCCUCUCCGAUCCCACCACCUACAGGAGGGUCACGGGAUCUCUCCAAUACCUAACACUAACUCGACCCGACAUUGCGCACGCCGUCAAUGUACUAUCCCAACAUCUUCAUGAUCCCACACCACAGCAUACUUAUCUGCUCAAGCGUUUGCUGCGGUAUAUCAAAGGAUCAGUGAAACUCGGUUUACCUAUUCUUCCAGGACCGCUCACCCUAUCUACAUACUCCGACGCAGACUGGGCGGGCGAUCCCAACACCCGGAAAUCUACCACCGGGCAUUGCACCUUCCUCGGCAAUACUCUUAUUUCAUGGACUGUUAAAAAGCAGAAUACCGUUUCAAGAUCCUCAACAGAGUCGGAAUACCGCGCGUUAGCGGCCGCUACCGCCAACACUAUCUGA